GCUGCUGCGCAUUAAAAGCUUCUUUUUUUUCUUCUCUAUCUGGCGCUAUCACGUGGUAUUUCUUACCUCUGCGCAUUACAAGCCUCUCUAUUUGCGCAUUAGAAACCUCUUUCUUUACAUCAAUGCUGCUCUCUUGUGCCCUUGUUCACGGGCCUGCUCUCUUCAUUCUUUGUUGUUUAGGCUUCGUUGUUCCCAGGUACGGCGUCACCCACCACUGGUACGGCCGCCGCUCGCUUUAGCUUGACUGACCUAGGGCUGUGGCUUUGGCAUAUUUCUUCCUUUCCGCCGCCGUCGCCCCGACAAACCUCUGUCCUUCGCGUUCUCAGCCUUUCGGUUGUCUAGAUCAGCUGCCUUUUGUUGCCAAGGAGGCGCCAUCUUUGACCUUUUCGCUUCCACGAACGCAGCCCUUCUGCUUUUUCUCUCGCCUGGGGUUAUCUUGUCCUUGUUAGCUUCGGUUUUUCCCCCUCUUUUUGGUGUUAAAAGGAGCUGCCCAUUGCCCAGAAAAAUAAGCUUUUCUGUUCUUUGUUCUUAUUCUCUGUUCUCGGGGGAUAUCUUUGAUGAAUCAGCUAUACUGCUCCGUUUAAUGCGAGCUCUUUGAUGAAUAGCAAGGAAAUCUGUUUUCCUCUUGGAUGAGCAGUCUAAUUUCUGAGUGCUGCUUUGUGUGCUUUUUUUCCCCCCCUUUUGCUAUCACGAUCGUUUGUUGCUAUCAAGUUUCUGUUGAUCGCUUGCAUCGGCUCUGGCACUUGGCCUGCCCCUACUGCUUCGCACCCAACAACUUCAUUGAAACUCUGGGAAUUUCUUGUGUUGCCUGUCUUAAAGAUCUCUAUGUCUUUCCUAGACCACGUGUUAAGUUAGUUGUUACUGAUGGUACUGCUUCCAUCAGUGUCAUUGCCUUGGGUUAUGAGGCUGAGAAACUGAUAGGCUUCACUGCAUACCAGCUUAGUCAAGCUGAACAUGAGGGUGUUGCACUAAACCUCCGGGUUGCCAAAGCGCUCGAUGGAAGGGUCUUGUGCUGCUAUGUUAGCCGUUCUCCUGAAUCCGUUCGAUUGGCCGGAGUCAGCUUUACUAUUGUUACAUCCUACUGGGCUGGCGAAACUAUACCUGUAAUAGAUUAGCGUGUCCCUUAGCUUAUAAUAGUUUUAUACUUUUAGGCUAUCCUUUUUCAAUUAUCAGUUGUUAAAUGCUUUUGUAAUGUGAUGGUUUCUAUCUUUCGU